AUGCGAAUAUCAUCCUCGCCAUCACUCCGCCACGCCGCUCUCUGCGCCCUCCUCCUCGCAAGGACAGUCGACUCGGCCGCCCUGUCCCAGGCCGCAAGAACCGUCCGCGUCUGGUCGACAGUCCAGUCCACCGUCACGGCCAUCCCCUUCAUCAACCCGAGGCGCAUGACCGUCUACACCACCCAGACCGUCACGAGCCUGCAGGACGCGCCCCGGCCGACCGUCUUCCCCACCACCGUCGUCGAGACGGCCAUCAUGAGCAUCACCUGGGAGUCGCGCGUCACCUACCUCGACGACGGCGCCACGACGACAGAGUUCUCCUCCACGACCGCCACCGUGCCUUCGACCUGGGUCGUCGCGGGCGCGCCCCAGCCGACCAAUCUGGCCGUCGGGCGCGAUCCGGCCUGCGGCAAGUCCCCUAUCGCUGCCGCCGCCGAGGCGCCGCAGUGCGCCUCGCGCGGCUUGCACACCGGGUGCCAGGGCCAGUGCCAGCUGCGGGACGGCGCGUUCUGGUGCCUGCUGAUGGGCUACGCGGACUACAAGGUGGACAGCCUGAAGAUGGGCCGCGCGUGCUGGGGCGGCGACAACCAGUUCGAGCAGCUCAACACGCCGUGCCUGGAGGGCGACCAGAGGACGGCCUGCACCGCGGACAAAGGCCUGGACGACUCGUGGGGAGCAGUGAAUUGGAUUGGUCCCAUUGCUGGACAUUAA